CAGCGCGUAUCGCCUUACCCCAAAACGGUCAAUAGAGGAAAACCGUAAAUAGCCAAGAGUAGCGCCUGCACAGCUAAAUAUAUUUUAAACAGUGCGUAUCGGCUAAUUCUGUGUAGGCAGAAAUAGAGACUGGGUAGGAGACAGGUUGUUCCCAUCACAUAUCGGCUUAUAUAAAAAUACAGAGAUCCUAAAUUUAAUAGAAACAGUACCUAGGCAAAGAAAAAGACUAUUUCAGGCUUUUACAAAAAUACCGAUAGAGACCCUAUACAGAUAAAGACAAGACCAACUGGUUUCAGACACGACCGUCUAAAGAUGACGUUGUUUCAUGCCGUUGUUAUCUCGCUGAUGGCGCUCUCGACGUCGGCUUCGGUGUUUUCUCGGAGCGAAGAAACGAAAAUCGCGAGUUUGAUGAAGGAUGUGUUGGCUUGUAGGAAAGUCACAGGUUUGACGGUGGGGGUUGUGAAGAACGGCGAAGUAUGGACAAGAGGGUUCGGGAAGGCUGACAUUGAACUUGACAUCGACGCCGACGCCGCUACAACGCGUUUCGGUAUCGGGUCGCUAACCAAGGCGUUCACCACGACGCUGUUGGCGAUGCAGCUAGAAGAAUCACAGAGGAGGUACACGUGGGAUUCUAAGGUCAGUGAUAUCUUGGGGAAGGAUUUCAAAUUCAUCGAUGAAGAGAGGACUAGAGAAACCACACUGAAGGACAUUCUGACUCACCGGACCGGGUUAAACAUAGCGGUCAUAGAUCUCUACACCUCCUGGUUUCGCAACCUC